UAGUGGUCCAUUAAUCACUAUCAUACCACCCAUUUCAGAGUCACAAACACAAAAUACACAAUACUCCCAAAUUCCACAGUCGGAUAGUUAUCGUCCACUGUUCAGAAAACCAAGUUAUUCAUCGAAUAUGAAUAAGAAGAGGAUAUUGAUAGUAGGAGGAACAGGGUACUUGGGUCAGCAUCUUCUCCAAUCAUUUGCAAAUCUCCGAACAUCAUCUUCUUAUGAUCUUGCUUUCACUUAUUGCUCGACCCCUCCUUCUGAUUUGCUUCAUGCUUUUCCUCAAUCACUCUCUUUUCCCCUUGAUUUGCGCAUUGGUGAUGGGUUUGAUUUCAUUACCGAUACAUUCGGUCAGCCAGAUGUAGUUGUGAAUUGUGCUGCACUCUCGGUACCUCGGGCGUGUGAGGCUGAUCCUGUUGCUGCUAUGUGCAUCAAUGUGCCAAAGCCUCUUGUCAGCUGGAUAUCGAGUUUUAAAGAGAAAGAAACUCUUUUGAUUCACCUUUCAACUGAUCAAGUUUAUGAAGGGACCAAGUCAUAUUAUAAAGAAGAAGAUAAGACUUGUCCAGUGAACACCUAUGGGAGAUCAAAAGUGGCAGCAGAAGAAUUUAUCAAUUCAAAUUGUUCAAACUUUGCAAUUUUGAGAAGUAGCAUUAUCUAUGGUCCGCAAACAAUAUCUCCUGUCCUAAAGUCCCUUCCUAUUCAGUGGAUUGAUGACAUAUUAUCUAAAGGAAAUAAGGUGGACUUCUUUUAUGAUGAGUUCCGCAGCCCAGUUUUCAUCAACGAUGUAGUGGGUGCUGUUAUAGCUCUUACAAAAAAAUGGGUCAUAGAUGGCAUUCCAAUGCAAUUAAUAUUAAAUCUUGGGGGCCCGGAAAGAGUUUCCCGCGCUCAAAUGGCAAAAGUUGUAGCGGAGAUCAGAGGAUAUGACGCCUCUUUGAUCAAUCUCAUGUCUGCAUCAUCGGUUGAUCGCGGUGUGAAAUCGCCAACAGAUAUAUCCAUGGACAUUAACAAAUUGGUGAACACACUCAAUAUAGCUCCUAUUUCAUUCAAAGAUGGUGUAACUUUGACACUUUUAAAUCGUUGACUAAUCCAUAGAAUUUGGAAGAUACAAUUUCAUGUAUUUGUUUAUGACAUUUUUUUUUUAUUGCCAAAACUAUAAAUUAUCAUUUUGGAGGAUAAUAUUUUUGGUGGAUGCUUUUUCUUACAAGGAAAUGCCUUUAAAUAAAUUCUUUAGUAACUAUUGGACCUUUGUAUAUUUUUAAAGU